AUGGCGGACAAUGUGGAGGUACCAGGGGAAGUACAAUGCGCCUUGAGUUACAACAUUUUGGCGGAAUGCUCCACCAGCAAAGCUCGAACUGCCAUCCUAACUUUACCGCAUUAUGAAGUAGAAACUCCUGUAUUUAUGCCAGUAGGAACACAAGGUACUAUGAAGGGAUUAACAACGAAGCAGCUUACAGAUUUAGACUGUCAGAUUAUUCUUGGCAACACUUAUCAUCUGGGAAUGAGACCGGUAAUUUUGUCCUAAAGCUUGCUCUAUUUUUCAGUAACGUAUAAAAAACAUGGACCCCCUAAGACUAAGUCCACAGAGGUGGUCCAUGGACCUCUUAGUGGACCGACGCACCCGGUCCAUAGAAUUUUUACAAGAGUUCUAAACGAAUUUUAGGAACCUGAAAAGGACCAAACUUGUCAAUUUAUUUUAUCAGGAUUAAAGGCUCCUCAUCUUACAGUGCUGUCAACUCUCCCGAAUAAUCCGGGGGACUCCAGAUUUUGGACCGUAUCUCCUGGUCUCCAGAUUAGAGUCUGAUAUCUCAUGGAUAAUGGCCAAAAUUGCUAUUUCUUGUAUAGACUCGACUAUCCUACCAUAAAAUUUCAAAUAUUUUGCGUUGUUUGAGCUACAACGGGAAGGUUUGUCCCUGAAUUUGGUAUGCCACUGUAAUUUAAGCAAUGAUGUGGCCAAAUAUGAACGGUUUAUGUGCUAAGUACGUCGAUUGGAAUCAACGAGCAUUUUUCACACAAAUGACAUCAUACUCAUCUGUUGUGUGAUAUGAUGUGAUCCAUUAUUUCUUCCCUAUCAAUUCUCAACAUUUGAUGACGUUGGGGAUUGACAGCCCUGUCUUAUACACUUGCUCAACUUUUUUCUGAAUGCCAUACAAUGGGUUCGGUUUAGUCUGGAAGGAGAAACUAUUUAAAGGGGACGUGAGGGGAGGUAGGGAGGAAGUAUUCAGUUAUGCAGCUUUUCUUGUGUGUGUGUCGUCUAGUUGCAUGAAGAUGGACACAAAAAUGGCUGCGUAGGAAGACGUAAUGCAUUAUGAUUGAAUACCCACCCCAGACUUCCUUCACCUUGAUAGCCUAGGAUGGAAAUGUUUAUUGGUUGGUAAACUUAUCGAAUCCUGCUCACGACUCAAACACAAAAUGACCUGCAAAUUAUCAAACAAUGUGGUUGGUCAGACUUCUGACAAGUUUGCGUACACUUACAGGUUGGUUUAUGUAAAUUGCUAUUCAUUCUGGUCGAGAAUGUUGUCAUUGCAAACUUGUGCACAUUAAGCUUCCUCCGCAGUCUCAUAUGCAGCCGUUUUUGUUUCUAUUUUCUCACAUGAAGUGAAAAGACCAGGAAGAAAAGAAAGCCACAAAUAAAGCCAAGCUUGCUUUAUUUCAAAAACAAACUGUAAGGGGGUCGUGGUGGAAAAGACCUCUCCCUUUCCACCCCAUCCCUUAAGUUGAGGUCCUAAAUUAAAAUUAUCUCCUUGGUACAACUGUAUUGUGGGACAUGAAACACCCAAUAAUGAUUGUGUGUAGGUUUAAUCUUAUGUUUAUUUCCCCUUAUUAACGUGUUUUGGUGUUAUUCUAUUUUAUCAGGGUACCAAGAUAUUAGAGAAAGCUGGAGGACUCCAUGGCUUUAUGAACUGGAAAAGAGCUCUCUUAACUGUAAGGGCUGCUAAUGUAUUUCAAUAGCAAAACAAUAUUUUCAAUUAAUGGCAAAGCCUGAAUUUUCAGGCUUUGUUAAUUUAUUUCAUGACUGCAAAAGUUGCAUCUGUAACUGCACUGAUCUUCUUUACUAUAAUUCUUCAUCACACAGUUCUAAUUACAUGAUUUUAUAUAAUUUUAUUCAUUAUUUCAUCAUUAUCCUCUCCUGGGCUUAUAAAAAACCAACUAAAUGACCAACUCACAGUUGGAUUGUUAGCUCAGCUGGUAUUGCAGAGGUCAAGAAAAUGAUACCUAAAGGUGAGCUCUAGGUGUAUUUUCAAGAAGGUGUCCAUAAAAUAAUGGUUCAGGAAGCAACACAAGUGCUCUCCAAUAGCCCAAAGCUAUCUGAGCAAACUGUUGGGCUUGUAUGUUUCCCUAUUAGUUUUCUUAUUGAUAAGUAAGUACACAAGAAAACUAAUAGGGAAACAUACAAGCCCAACAGUUUAUGAUGGGCAGGGCAUUAUCUGCCCAGAUAAUGUAAAUAGUGGUGAAAAAGGGGAUUAGUUGGCCUGUGUGACUACUCUGGGCCAGCAAACUUUAGGAACAAGACAAGACAAGAACUUUAUUUAUACCACACACAGAAAAAAAAAAGACAUUAAAAAGGACAAUAUUACUUAUGUAAGGUAAAAGCUACCUAGAAAAUAGCUAAAAAGCUAAUCUAGCUAGGAGGCAUUAUACAUUAAUUCAAAAUAUUGUUUUGUGUAGGCGAAAGUAUAAACAAUGUAAAAAACAAACAAACAAAAGAAAAGAAAAAAACACACGUACAGACUUGAAUCACCGAAAAAUCGAGGAACUGGAGAAAAAUUAAUAUUCGAAAGAAAGAACAUAAUAUGAACUGAAAAUAGCCUUUUUCAAGGACUGUUUAAACUUGCGAAGAUAGAGUAAGGCAUUUAAAGCUGUUUUAAAAUAGUAACAGAAACAUACUGGUGCAGUUUGGCUAAGAUCCCAAUGCCUCUGGAGAUUUCCCUGCGUAGAGCUGGUGAAUGUGAAAAAAAAACUAUGACUACUAUGACUACUCCUACAGCUGUCGGUAUUUGAUAUGAUCUUUUUGUUAAAUAAAGUUAUGGUUUAUUCUUAAAAGAAUGGUUUUAGUCAAUUUUUUCGGAAACGGAUGGAAGACAACGAAAUUUGUUUUGUCAAUAUUUAAAGACAAUCUGGCAAUUAUGGAAAUUUUUUAAUUCUUGAUUCACUGUUUCUAAUUAAUUUGAAUCGUCAGGGAAAAGGUGAAAAUCAAAUACAGUAGAGCAGUUACUAAAAUCAUUUAUUUAAUUAUAGAAGGAACUAAAGGGGGCCAAGAUCUGAACCCUGAGGGACACCAUAAAUUGGGAACAGUUUGCCUGAAGGUCCUGGUUUAUUUGAUUUUCAUCUCAGCCUGAGAUUGUUGGUUCCUUUCAUUGCUUUACCAUGUGAGUUAAUGGUGGAGCCAAAGUGCACAUUAUAAUAUUUUAUUUAGGUUGCCAAUAUUAACAGACUUAAAUUCCUGUUAUUAUUAAUUUUGUAACAUGCAGGACAGUGGUGGAUUUCAGAUGGUAUCACUCUUAAAAUUAGCUGAAAUUACUGAGGAAGGUGUCAAGUUCCAAUCACCUCAUGAUGGAAGCGAAAUGUUACUCACACCUGAAAAAUCAACUGAGAUCCAGAAUUCUAUUGGAGCUGAUAUAAUUAUGCAACUGGAUGAUGUGGUCAGCAGUACUACUACAGGUGACAUGCUAAGAAUAUUAAUUUUAUUAUUAAAUGCAAAAAAUUCUGUUUGAUAAUGACAGUUACAUCACAAACUUAUUAACACCCUUAUGUAACAAGGUUCAUACAGAGUCUUGAAUUCUUGAAAGUCCUGAAAUUUGCCCAGCAAUUUUCCAGACCUGGAAAAAGUCUGGAAAAAAAGAGAGAUAGUCUGGAAAAAUGGUAGAAAGUCUUGAGUUUUUCUUUUUGCAAAGCUACAACAUGUGCUUUAUUAGUGUCUGGAAAAAGGCUUGAAUUCUGGAUCCAAAAAUCUGUACGAACCCUGUGUAAACGUAGAAACAUAAAAUUGCGUCUUAAUCACUUAAGGUUAGUAGAUACAGUUAGUGAUAAGUGUAUCCAAACAUUUAGAGCACAGGACUUACAAACUAGAGUCCCCGAGACCUUAAGCUGUCCACUAGCUGGAUAUAUUGCUGGGCUAACUGGCUCAAAGUAAAUUGCUGACAACAUACUGAUUAAUCAUUAUAAAAGGUCCCAGAGUAGAGGAGGCUAUGAAGCGUUCUAUAAGGUGGCUGGACAGAUGUGUUGCAGCACAUGCAAGACCAACUGAACAGAAUCUGUUUGCAAUCAUUCAGGGAGGACUGGAUCCUGAAUUGAGGAGGACUUGUGUAGACGGUAACAGUAAAGCUUGUCUCGUUCUACAGUAACUAUUAUCUCUCAUUAUUAUUAUUAUUAUUAUUAUUAUUAUUAUUAUUAUUAUUAUUAUUAUUAUUAUUAUUUCAAAGCAUUUCUGCAUUUAUGAUUGGCUCCAAUCCCACUACUAAUUCUUCGUAAUUAGCUAUCACUGACCAAAUUUGGAAGAUGCUUAAGUUAUACGAUCACUGACAUCAGUGAUUGUACAUGUAUAUUGCAAAUUAUCCCCUAUUCACAUCACGACUAAAAAAGAUACCAAGAAUACACAAAAAUACAACUCCAUGGAUGACAACUGCUUUUCGAGAAUAUUGGAAAGAAAAACCAUUCAUUCAUAUUCUGAAACUGACAAGGAAAUCUUUUGGAUAAAAGUCUUUACACCUGCCAAAUUUCAGACCUUUUAAUAGGCAUGUGUCCCAUGCUUGCGGAUUGAUAACCUUCACUCACUUUCACUCAUGCCUUUUGACCACCUUCUCACACCUGGCAUAAAAGUUGUACUAUCACAGGCGUAAGUGACUUAUUUUUGGGAAAUAUGUAAAAUGAAAUUAAUGUGAACCUGUAACAGAAAAGAUUGUUGAAGUGAAUGAUCAUAUUUUCCCCAAAUCUCUGAUAGUUAGAGACUCCUGUGUGGGGCAUAAUCACUUUCUUGAGAACUCCGGGAAACUUCGGAAGGCCUUCAGAAGCCAGCCAUUGAAGCAACCAGAUAUGACUGGGUCCUCUAAGGUCCUGUUUUCAUGGAGGUGGGCGACCCCAGGUAGGUGAGGCAACCUGCUUAGGUGGGGCAACCUACCUGUCCAUAUAAACUCUCAAAUGUUUACCUCACCUAUCAUACAAACGUGAUCAAAUUAAAAUGAGACAUUAUAUGGAAAGGCGGAUUACGUCACCUACCUGGGGUCCCCCACCUCCAUGUAAACAGGCCCAAGGCACUUUCAGGAAAUGAGUCAAAAAAUAGAGAGGAGAGGUCGUUAGGUCACAUUGCCAUGGUAUCAAAAUUUCUGGAUGAAAUAAACCGAAAAGGUGAAUUCGCACUGUUUCAAACUUCAUCAAUCUUAUUCAGUUUCAUUUAAUUUGUCAACUGUAGGCGAAAUUUUCUGGGGUUGAAUUCGAAAAGGACCGUAUCUAAGUUUUGAAAAAGAAAAGAGAAACUUUUUGUGUUGUCUUCACCUACUUUACAAAGCGGGGGCAUGAAACUACGAAGUUUCAUGAAGCGGUCGUGCAACGACGGCUAAGAAAUGUAAAAAAAAAACGUGCUGCACGUGCAAAGUUGUUAUUUUGCUAAUCUAAACCUUUUGUUUUUUUCCCGUUCUCGUUGCCGUCGCCGUCGUCGUUGCUUAAUAGGGAGCUUUAGCAACGAUGACGGCGACGGCAAAGAGGACGUCAAAAAAGCAAUAGGUUUGUUGAGCAAAACAACAACUCUGCACGUGCAUCACGCUUUUUUGUUCAUUUCUUUACCGUCCUUGCACGACUACGACGUGAAAAUGCCUAGUUGCAGGUUUUAUGGAGGACGAAAACAAGCGACGACGAAUCUCUUUUUCCCUCUCUAAACUUGAGUGCGGUCCUCAAGAAAUCAACUCCAGGGAAAUUCGCCUACACUUGCCACUUUCAGCAAAUUGGAAUAAACGCGACAAAGAUUGAAAAAACGGGAAUUCAUUUUAAAACUGACGUUUUCGCUGCAGUUGCCGUCGUCGAUGCUAAAGCUCCCUAAUCUCUAUUGUUGUGAUCCAUAAAUUUUAUUACCGUGGUAACCUGACGUCACACCAGUCUCCUCUCUACUGGCAGGCAUAUUUAAGUGGUUCUCGACUGGUAGAUCAGAACACACGCUUAAAAUUUCUUCAAAAUCGAUAGCAAUUUGUUCCAAUAACAAUAAAUUGCAGUGUAUGAUAGUGUUUAUCUUGGGUACGUAAAGAAAGUAAUCUUAGUGAAAGGAAAAACUCAUUGAUAGUCGCUGUCCACUAUUAGCUCUAAUCCGCUGUGUGAUAAACGUGAAAUUUAAAGCGUAAUAACCUGAAAGUGACGAGAAAAACGAAGAAAAGGGAAAGAGUCCACAUAGAAAGGGGCGGUUGGCGUGAGAAUAGGAUGCAGAAAAGAAGAUCAGUAGCUCUCCAGACAUGGUCUGUGCUUGAAAAACAAAACAAUAGAUGAUUCAAAACAAACAAUACCUCUAGCCCUAAAAGCAAAAUAAGCUACUGCUUAUUUAGGCCACUGAAAAUAGAUAUGUGGAAGAGCUAUUGCACUUCUCGCAGAAAGUGGAAAAUUUUCCGUUACCAUUUGCUUAUCCCCGCUAAAUUUAAGCUUUUGAGUAUUUCAAGAACUAGGCACUUCCCGCCAUCUUUUAAUUUUCACCAAAGGUGCAAAUAUGCGGACGCGACAGAAAAAUUUUUUUUUUCGCGGCAAACCUUAGUCUAAAUAUAACCCAAAGUGUAAAUACGCUGCAGUCCUCAUAAGUGGGAGAUGGAGGCUCCAGAAUAUAGGCUCCUGGUAUGACUUACGUGUAUUCAAUAAAGAUUGUAUUAUUUUACUCACCAGAAAUGGUAAAACGCAACACACCCGGUAUAGCUAUUGGUGGCUUAAGUGGUGGAGAAGAGAAGUCAUUGUUUUGGAAAACCGUUUCUCUUUGUACAGAUCUGCUACCAAAGAGCAAACCAAGAUAUCUUAUGGGGGUAGGGUAAGUCAUAUGACCGAAAUUAGCCGUGUUUUAACAAGGUUGAAUCACCCACCAUGUCUUUGGGGUCGUGGAGCCGGGGUUUCAGUUGACUGGUGUAUUAGUUUUUCGUGUAUGAUGUUAUUUAUGGGACCAAGCUUUUUCCAAUAGAUACACCGUGUGAAACUGUUCGUGUGUUCUGUUGUAAAACGUGAAAUUCAGUACUAACAACCCUUCUCUCGACAAAGCCAUCUUCAUCAUUUUUUACGCUGCUUGCAAACUGUGCGGUGUAUUACCAGCUGAUUACACACCACACUUUUUCCAUCUGGAAUGGGAAAACGAGAUUUCUCUCCUAACCCCUAGGGCUUGCUCGAUGGCUACCUCUACAAUCUCAACUUCUUCUUUUUAGGUUUAUCUGGGGGAAUGAAACGACCCUUCAACACACCUAUUGUUGAUAGUCACUUAAACAUGAAAAUUAUCUAGGUAAAUUUUUGUCGAGGUAAAACUGGUUACACAAUGCAACGCAGUUACACUGACCUAGGUAAUGUUGCCUCUUGUAACCUUGGCUGAUGAAGCGCAACGUUUCUUUAUUGUUUUAGCGCGAAAAAUGGAAAGCAGGGUUACAAAGGUAGCCUUCUGGCCCCAGUUGUUCAAACGUUGGAUAGCGCUAUCCAACGUUUGAACAACUGGGGCCUGGUGACGCUUCUCGUGUGACCACCAACCAAUGUCUUUAAAAUUUAAACUAGUGAGAUAAUGCUAGCUGUGAUGAAAACCCUUUCUCAGUUCAGGUGAUCGCGUCAUUUGACGGUGACGUGAAGUCGUUAGCCUUGUCGCCUUCAUUCUCAUCUCGCACAUCAGUUGGAAGAGGAUGCUAAACAACCCGUGAAAUUGUUCGAAAAGAGUAAGGGAGGUAGGCCACAGUGUCAUGGUGUAUCUGACAUUUGCCGUCAUUGAUCUGGGUGGGCGGGGGAGAUCCAACAUGGACUGAAGCGGCUGCAUAGUCAAGUGUGCCUUUACAUGCUGACGUCCGAUCUCACCUCUCUGGUUUCUCCGCAAUUCAGCCAUUGGCUGCAAUUGAGGAAAGUUGGCUCUGUUUAUUUAUCUAUUUAUUUUGAGAUCGUAAUAUCGUCUAUCAUACCAGUGGUUUUUCCCUUAAGGUUGAUUUCCACUGUUGAGAAAUUUUAACGUGCGUAAAUGAAAUAGAGGCAAUGUAUGGAAGGUCACGCGUAAACGCAUAAGUUGAGCCUCGCUCAACUUUUGCGUUUACGCGCAGCCUGUCAUACAUCACCGCUAUUUUAUUCACGCACGUAAAAUUUACUUAGUACGCACGAGAAAAUUAUGCGACAGUGGAAAUCCACCGUUACCUACGCCGUUCUGUUGAUUUAUUUCUAGUUAUGCAUUGGAUCUGGUAGUGUGUUGUGCGUUAGGAGUGGACAUGUUUGACUGUGUUUAUCCGACUAGAACGGCGGUAAGUAGUCUCUGGAAAAUGGUGCAUAUUAAUAUUUGAACAAAUAACAGCGGCCAACUGCGUAAACUGUCUUUUUACUUAUGCCCCGAUCAAUUCGAAAAUUCAACAUCCCCUUCCCAUCAUUCUCCUUCCUCCCUCUCAACGUCGUAACAGGACAAUGCAGGGCUGUUAAACUCAGUAGACGGCAACUACUUUGUAAGGCCCCAUAAAGCCUGUUCACAGACCUUCUGGUUUUCUCUUUAAAGAUCGUCGAGUGCACGUAUGAAAAUAAAAACCGCGAGGAAAUUAUUGACCGUAACUGUAAGGGAGUGGUGUUGGCGAAAAGAGAAGUCUUUACCUCGCGCGCUCGCUUCGUUCGUGUGCUAUCGAAUUAUUGAAAAAAAAGAAAAAAGAAAAACGCCUGUCAGCAGGCUAGGUCCCGUCAAGGGAGAAUGAUCUUUGGCCACGUAGAGGUAACCACCUUGACAUCUAUGAUUUUGGAUCGACGACUGAAAACACAAAAUUUAACAGUCCAUUGUACUUGAUAUGUAAUCAUUGAUAUCGUUUAGUGUAUCAGUAGUCUCUUGUCAUAACUGUUGUCAUUUAUUAUUAGUAAUACCAUUAGUUUAUCAGUAGUCUCUAGUCAUUGUUGUCAAUUUUAGUUUCUUUAGUUCUCUUGUUCCUUUUAGCUGUAUUUAGUUGUAUUUAUUUCCUGUAAACAUGACCUGCCUAGCUUAGCUUAGCUACCCGCGGGCAUGUUAUUGUACUUUUACGUCAAAACACAAAAAAAUAAAAUGUAUGUAUGUGUAUGUAUGUAUGUACACACUAUCGUUUACUUUCAUUACCUAUAGCUAAGUGCACCGCGGCGAGGUAGACAUAAGUUUGUUUCCCCUUUUUGUGACCCGUUCCGUUUAGACUUUUUGUCACUGAAACUUUCAUUCUUAAAACCCUAUCGAAUCCUAUUUCUUAGCUGUUUGUAUAAAGUAAUUAAUUUAUUUUUUCUGAAGCCCACCCCCUCCCCUUAGUUUGGGGCAAAAAGUGUACUUGUUAUGAACUAAAUAUUCGAUGGAAGCUUGAAUCUGAUUCCUGCUAAAAUGGCGGAAACGCGUUCCUACACGCGUGAAACUGGAAACGGUGAUUUGAUUAGCCAAACAUAUAUUAAAUAGAUCGCCUUGUACUUAUGCUGCGUUCCGUUUUCACACAACAUUGAACCCGAACGCGAGUAAAAUAAAAGGAAAAAUUUGAUCCUUGUGAUUAUGAAUUAUGAUUAUCCUUGUAUGCGUGGUCAUGCUUGUGUUCAGGCCGUUUUUACCGCACUUGUGCUUGCCUCAUCUGUGAAAACCAGGCCUUACAGAAGAUAAGCAAAUUACUUUGCAAAAUCUGUCUCACAUUGCAGAGAUUUGGCACAGCAUUAGUACCGUGGGGUCAACUACACUUGAAACAUAAGCAGUAUGUUACGGAUCUUAAGCCCAUCGACAGAGACUGUGGGUGUUCAACUUGCAAGCAUCAUUCUAGAGCAUACAUCAAUAGCUUACUGGGAAGGGAAGAGGUGGCUUGUCACUUAAUAACCAUACACAAUAUAUAUUAUCAGGCAAGUAUUCUGUGUUAAUAAGGCCCAGACGACUCACGUUCUAACGCUUCCUGAAAUGUUGGGCGCAACAUGUUUCCUCCACGUGACAGCUUACAUGUAUACAGCUAUUUCGAGAAACGUUGACGGAAAAAAUAAGCACUUGACAACCCCAAAAGAUAAUAUGGGAUAUGAUCAACACACUGUUUCUGACACUGAAGCUGUCGAAACUACUUUUGUUGCUUGCUUUUAGCACUCGCAAAUAUACGUCCAUGGCCUCUCGUGACAUUCUUUCAAAUUUCUUUGAAAAGCAGUGAAUACAAAACCACGCCCAAUACCUUUCGGGAUUGUGGCGAGCACUUUUUCCGAUAACUUUUCUCGAAAUAGCUGUAUAUAGCUGCCAGUGCGAGGCGAAGUAGAUUGCUUAACAGCCCGUUUUUUGCGUAGGUCAAGAACGCACGGAUUCGUGAGUCAAAGUGGAUUUCCACUGUUGCGUAAUUUUAACGUGCCUGCGGACGUAAAUUUUACGCGCAGGUCGCGUAUAAACGUUACUGUUGAACCUCGCUCAACCUUUACGUUUACCCGUCGUCCUUCAUAAAUUGCCUCUAUUUUAUUAAUGCACGUAAAUUACGCGACAGUGGAAAUCCGAUUUACGGUCGUUUCGUCAACGUCCUGUUCGCCAACUUCGAUCUGUUGGAACUGCUUCACAGUCAAUCUUUUCCAGCUUUCUUGACCGCUACAAAUAAUUUUGUAGCAAACUGAACCAGCUUGAUCCUUAUAUGCGAUCCUCCAGUGGUAACAAUUUCUUUCAGCUUCAAGGGGAAUAAUCAUCAAAGUACUAACCAUUUCUCUGGUUUGGUGAGCGCAAUUAGAGGGCUACCUGCAUCCACAACGGUAGAUUUCAUACUAAUUGUUAACAUCAGAAGUUAUCAAUCUCUUUCGCUUGCGUACAUGUAUUAUUGGCAAGCAGUCGAGUAUAGCCUGAUUCUCAAACGCUCCAGUUCGCUCGCGGCCACACACUCUCUCCCUUCCACGUUGUAGAAGGGAGAUUGUGCGUGGCUGCGAGCGACCUGGAACUUCUGAGAAUCCAGAGAAUCAGACCAUAAAGAGUGUCGCUGGAGAUGGUUAAAAAAACCAACCUCAAUAAGAGAACUAGAACUAGAGAGCAUAUAAAGUUGGAAUUUUUUUCGUGUAAGUAACCUGUUUUAAUCUGUUUUAGAUGCAGCUGAUGCGAGACAUAAGAGAAAGCAUCAAGAAGGACAAUUUUCCUGAGUUUGUUCAAGGCUUCAUGAACAAAAUGUUUCCAGAUAAAAGUUAUCCAGACUGGGCUCAGAAUGCCCUAGCUUCUGUUAAUAUAUUUUUGGAUACUCAGCAAUAUGACAGAGAACAACAAANAAAGUUGGAAUUUUUUUCGUGUAAGUAA